AUGAGGCAGAAUGUGUUAUUCAUAUUGAUGCUCAAAGGUUUAACUGAAGCGAUUCUUAGGGGAGAGACGGAUUUGAGUUCCAAGGGAAGACGAGUCGUGUUACCAGCUACUUUUGUGGGAGGGCCACGUUACAUGAUUCAAAAUUAUCAAGAUGCUAUGGCUAUAUGCGGAUGGAUUGGUUACCCAGAUCUAUUCAUAACUUUUACAUGCAAUCAUAAAUGGCCUGAAGUAGCUGAUUUUUUGAAGCAAUACAACUUAAGCCCAGAGGAUAGGCCUGAUUUGUCCAGCAGGAUUUUCAAGUUAAAGCUUGACCAUUUGGUGAAGGAGAUUAAAAAGGGUCAGAUAUUUGGUGAAGUACGCGCAAUGAUAUAUACGAUUGAGUUUCAAAAACGUGGACUGCCACAUGCACAUAUUUUGGUUUUUCUUAACCCAAAGUAUCGAUGUGUAAAACCCGAACAUAUAGACAGAAUUAUUUCAGCCGAGAUUCCAGAUAAAGAUACAGAUCCGGAACUAUUCAAGAUUGUUACUUCCCUCAUGAUUCAUGGCCCAUGUGGUCCUGAAAACCAAAGCUCACCAUGCAUGGAUAGAAACAAAUGCACCAAACAUUUUCCAAAGAAGUACCAAAACGAAACAGUUAUUGAUCCUGAUGGUUAUCCAGUAUACAAAAGAAGGGACAAUGGAGUAUCUGUUAAAAAAGGAUCAUGCUUUGCAGAUAAUAGGUAUGUUGUCCCAUACAAUCGAACAUUAUUAUUAAAGUAUAAUGCCCAUAUAAAUGUUGAAUGGUGCAAUCAAUCACGGUCAAUCAAAUAUCUUUUCAAAUAUGUUAACAAAGGUAAUGAUCGUGUAACUGCAAAUUUCUAUAGUCCUUCAAAGGAACAUAGAAAAUCUGGAUGUGUUGACGAAAUAAAAAUGUAUUAUGAUUGUCGAUAUUUAUCUGCAUGUGAAGCUGCUUGGAGGAUUUUUUCAUUUGACAUACAUUAUAGAGAACCUUCAGUUGAGCGUCUAAACUAUCAUCUUGAAGGUGAGCAGUCUGUUAUGUACGAAGAAAAUGAGUGCAUUGAAGAAGUGGUUAACAAGCCAGCAAGUCGUAUUACCAAAUUUUUGGGUUGGAUGGAAGCAAACAAAAUUUAUCCUGAAGCACGUGUGUUGACAUACAAUCAAUUUCCGUUGAAGUUUAGAUGGAGACAAGACCUGCAUAAAUGGACUCCUAGGCAACAAGGUUACUCAAUAGGUCGAGUUCAUUUUGCGCCACCAGGCUCGGGAGAACGCUUUUAUCUAAGAACUCUUUUGAAUUACAUCAAAGGUCCUACAUGUUUUGAUGAUAUAAAAACAGUGGACAAUGUCAAAUAUCACAGUUUCAAAGAUGCAUGUCUUGCAAUGGGUUUACUAGACGAUGAUAGAGAGUAUAUAGAUGCUAUCACUGAAGCAAGCAUGUGGGGUACAGGAACUUUUUUAAGGAGAAUGUUUGCUGUUUGUCUGUUGUCAGGUCAUGUAUCCCGUCCAGAGGUGGUCUGGAACACUACUUCCCCAAAUUUGGUAGAUGAUAUUCUUCACAUCCAACGAACAUUGCUUGGAGCGCAAGAUUUAGUCUUGACAAAAGACCAAUUAAAGGCGUAUGCAUUAGCUGAUAUUGAGAUCAUGCUACAAAGUUCUGGAAAGGGUUUGAAAGAUUAUCCUCAAAUGCCACGUGCAGAUCGUGCAUUAGUUCCUGAUGUAAGAGAUCAGCUCAUAAAUGAUGAGUUGAAUUAUGAUAGAAGGGCGCUAGCUGAGGAACAUGAAAGAUUGAUGUCUUCUAUGACAUCAGAGCAACGAAAUGUGUAUGAUACAAUAAUGACAAGAGUGAGCCAAAACAAGCCUGGUAUAUUUUUUCUUUAUGGUUACGGUGGCACAGGGAAAACAUUUUUAUGGAGGGCUAUGGCAGCUGCAUUGAGAUCACAAGGUGAGAUUGUUUUAAUAGUUGCAUCCAGUGGCAUAGCUGCGUUACUCAUACCUGGAGGCAGAACCGCACAUUCAAGAUUCGGCAUUCCUUUACUUAUCCAUGAAGCUUCAACAUGUCCUAUAGAACCUAAUUCACCUUUAGCAUUGUUAAUAAUCAAGGCAAAACUCAUAAUAUGGGAUGAAGCUCCUAUGAUGCACCGACAUUGCUUCGAGGCGGUUGAUCGAGCAUUUCGUGAUGUGAUGAAAGAUGUUGACAAGAAAUUUAAGCACAUUCCGUUUGGUGGAAAAGUUGUUGUUUUUGGAGGAGACUUUCGACAAAUACUUCCAGUUGUCCCAAAAGCCAACAGACCAGAAAUAGUAAAUGCCACAAUCAAUUCUUCAAAUAUAUGGAAUUAUUGUGAAAUUCUCACCCUUACAAAAAAUAUGAGACUUCUAAGUGGUGCAUCCCCCGAUGACAUCGAAGAACGAAGAUUGUUCUCUGAUUGGGUUUUGGCAAUUGGUGAUGGGAAACUUGGGCUCAUAAAUGACGUUGAUAUAUCAGUUCACAUUCCUCCCGAACUACUUAUACAUAGCACAGGCAAUCAUGUUCAAUCUAUUGUCGAGAGCACGUAUCCAAAUGUGUUAGAUAGUAUCACUGAUAUAUCAUAUUUUCAGGACAAAGCAAUACUUGCUCCAACAAACUCGAUUGUGGAUCAGAUAAACGAUUACAUGUUAGAUUUGAUGCCUGGUGAAGAGAAAACAUAUUUAAGUUAUGAUACUACGGAGACACAUAACGGAUUUGUUGAUGCAAUUAAUGAUGUCCACACUCCAGAAUUUCUCAACACAAUCAAUGCUUCUGGGCUUCCACGUCACAAGAUCAGAUUAAAGAUUGGAGUUCCUGUUAUGCUUUUGAGAAAUAUUGAUCUAAAGUUAGGAUUAUGCAACGGAACAAGGUUAAUCAUAACUAGAAUGGGAAAAUUUGUUCUUGAAGGAAGGGUUAUUUCUGGAAGUAAUAUUGGCGAAAAAGUGUUCAUACCCAGGUUAUCUCUUUCACCGUCUGAUAUUAAAAUUCCUUUCAAGUUUCAAAGAAGACAAUUUCCAAUAUCUGUUUCAUUUGCCAUGACAAUCAACAAGAGUCAGGGACAAUCACUUAAGAAUGUUGGAAUUUAUUUGCCCAGUCCUGUGUUUUCGCAUGGUCAGUUGUACGUUGCAAUCUCAAGAGUCACUUCGAAACAAGGUUUGAAAAUUCUAAUCGUUGAUGGAGAUGGAGAGACUACUGAUACGACCUCAAAUGUUGUUUAUCACGAAGUCUUUCGUAAUGUAUCUUGA